ACAUAACAUGAGCCCUACCCGGUUCAAACAGCAGUCGCUCAUAUAUAUACUCAUCAAUUCGCGAGUUCGCGAAACCCUACUGCCAAAAAGCACCAUUGCCGACUGCCGCUACUGCGAGAAAGGGGCUGAAUUCGACUUCGAUUUGCAGCGAUGAUCAUACCAGAGAAGAAUCGUAAAGAAAUCUGCAAGUACCUCUUCCAAGAGGGAGUUUGCUAUGCUAAGAAGGAUUACAAUCUUGCAAAGCAUCCAGAGAUAGAUGUUCCCAACCUGCAGGUGAUCAAAUUGAUGCAGAGUUUCAAAUCCAAGGAGUAUGUCAGAGAAACAUUUGCCUGGAUGCACUAUUACUGGUACCUUACCAAUGAGGGAAUCACAUUUUUGAGAACUUAUCUCAAUCUACCUUCAGAAAUUGUGCCAGCCACUCUGAAGAAGGCAGCCAAGCCCCCAGGUCGCCCUAUGGGUGGCCCACCUGGUGAUCGCCCCAGGGGACCCCCUCGCUUUGAAGGAGACCGUCCAAGGUUUGGUGACAGAGAUGGUUAUCGGGGAGGUCCUCGAGGAGGUGACUUUGGUGGUGAGAAGGGAGGAGCCCCUGCUGAUUUCCAACCUUCCUUCAGGGGAUCUGGUGGAAGGCCUGGGUUUGGCCGCGGAGGUGGAGGCUAUGGUGCAGCGCCUUCAGGAUCAGGUGGUUUUGCUUGAAAGGCAAUGCUAGUGUUAGUGUCGGAAUCUUCCUAGUUUAGCCAUUUAAUAUCUCAGAGCACUUUGUAUUGAACAUCUGUAACUUUAAAUACUAUAUUGGCCUUGCAACGUGAUCACAGUUUUGUUUUAGUUUGUUAUUUAAAGAAUUGAACUUCUAUAUGUCUGGAUUGAAUUUUCUAGAUUGUAAUUCCUGAAAGGUGAAAUGGGGUAAUGGAAUUAUUGAGCACGAAGCAACUAAGG